GUAAUCUCAGUUGCAUUACCGUCAUAUUAGUACCUGGUACCUGGUACCGAGUAAAUCUGCACAAGGGAGCAUCUUCGAUGGAGCAUGGAGGGAGGUCCAGCACCAAGAGCAGCGCUCGAGCGCAACCAAAACAACAACGGCAUCCCUGGGAGAAAAUUCCUCGGGCCGAUCAAUCGUGGAAAAAGCACGCGGUCGAGCACUCUUUCCCUAAAUGAAAAAAGUCGUUGGUGGAAUCCAUUCUGACGCUCACUUUUUGCCUGGGAACGGCUCUUUCCCAUCUCAUUUUCUCUUAUCUUUGCACAACUCCAUUCCGUGUGGCUUACGUAUUGUAUUGGCUUGGCUUGGCAAUUGCUUGACAUUAUUCCUCUCUUCGUUUGGUUGUUAGAGAAGUGUAGCUAGUAGCAUACCGGUAUCAUGGGCAACGAAGCUUCAAAACAGCAAGAGGCCGCAGUCGAGCCACCUCCAGAAUGGGACCCGACGAGCAAUGCGAAGCAGUUUGAGCUAGUCUCCCCCAUGUCAGAUCUAUCAGAUCCAUCCAUGUUCCUUCAUAGACGACCUCAUCCUCAGUUGAGCGAUGCAACAGUUCAACAAAUUGUUCGAAACAGCAAGCCGAAGCAGCAACAGCAGCUUCGUCCAGCUGGCAAAGAAAACUGCGCUGGACAAGACGCCCAUCGAGGCCGUACCGUAAAGGCAAGGCAAACAUCUGCAGGAGAUCGACGCCGAAAGUCAAAAGUGAUUGCUACUCGUGACAAUGCCUACAAACAUGAAUCAAGAACUCGAGAGAUGCCGCCCCCGAGUGCGUUUUACUUCCCCGAAGUGCCAACCAAGGAAAGCGAGGACAAAGUCAACCGACUCACGGCGCGUCGAUCGACAUCUACAGGAGCUCGAAGACUCUCCAAGGAAAGUCAAGAUAAAAGUGCUGGAAAGAACAGCAAGAAAGGAAAUCAACAAAAUGCUCGUCGCAACAAAACAACACCACUUAUUGUCAAGGCCCGCCGCAAAGUUUACAGGGCAAGGACCUGCCUCACGGGUUGUUUCGAAGAGAGCGGCCACAAGCUUCAGCUCAUGAAAGACAACACCAAAAUUGAGUCGAAGCGUGGCGAACUACUACCGUCGGAAGCUGGAGUGGAGAGCAGCGCCGAGCUUGGAAAGGAAUCCGACAAGCCAAAGCAGAGCAGCAAACCAUCUUUAUCGUCCACCUUUGAUCCGUACAAGCAAGACCCAUUACCCAGAAUCGCACAGAAACCAACUAUAUUGCAAUUUGUUGAUGGAUCCGAGAAGGAACUUUCCUUCAACCCAGUUUGGCGAGAAUCCCAUGACGGCACGUAUCACGGAGGAAGCACCACAACCGCUUCUCGUCGAGAGUCUGGCAAGAGCAGCUUGAGCAAGGCUGGACGCGCCUCGAACGUCGGAUCGGACUCUAGCAAGACUAGCUUGAGAAAGGACGAUCGUGUGGCCGUCAAGAGCUCAAGCAGCUCAACCGAACUGUCCCGACAACCGGUGGAUCCUCCGAGUAUCCAAGAAGAUGCGUCUGCUUCGGACAAAGGUGCAGAUGACCCGAACGAGAAGAACCCAGAGCCGUACCGACCAUCCAAUGCUGGCAGUGACAUGGGCUCCAACACGAUGAACAAUCGAAAAUCCACCGGACCAAAUGCUGAUGAACACAAGCGUGAGAGUACUAGUAUGGGGAGCGCCGCCACCUCGCAUGAAUCAUCGUACUGGAAUGGUUUCUACAAUGAAACUCAAAUGCUGCACCGCGAAGAUGCCUAUUUCGAUCGGAUUGCAUUUGAUCCUCGCGCGUCCAUGCCUGAAACUUCCCCAAUGACCAACAACACGACCGCGACUCCUGUUAUGGCACUCUUCAAGCAAGACGAGAAACCUAAAAGUUUGCUGGGCAUCACAGCAUCGAUGGAUGAUCCGCAGGAGGACGAAAUGCAAAACUUCUUUGAUACUGCGAUUGUAACUCGACAGUCGGUCUCCCCGAGUCAAGAGCAAGGAGCAGUUUCAAAGGCGGGCGAUGCACGCGAUGCCGAGGAACCCACUUUGGAAACGGAUACCGGCCACCCGACAGAAGCACAAGAAGACGCUUCUGCGAGUGCGAGCACAGUGUCGAAGCACCUCAACGAAAACGAUGUGACUGCCAACGAUCAAAAGGAUCUAGAUCUUGGGACGAAGGAUACGGAAGAAGAAGAGCGCCAGGAUGAAGUUGCGACUUCAGGAAAUGCCCCAGACGACGAGAAUAAUGAACCUGGAACUCGAGGUGUUCAAAACCUAUUCGAAAACUGGAGCAUGAAGUCUGAUGAUGCGGCCUCAGAGGAGAAACUAAAGACGACCGGGCAGCUUGGUGCCACCUCGUUCCUCGAUAGACGCAUUUCCGCCGAUACGGUGCUUGUCCAAUCUGCCCUCGUGUCAAAGGCGACGAGCGCACCAAAGCGUCACACGAUUGAGAUCAUAACCAAAGGGGCCCUCCAAGAAACUCCCCAGAGCCUCAUUAGGAAGGACAGAACGUCCUUUGGAAGCGCAUUCUCUUACAAGGACAAGGACGUCUUCACUCCAGUUACCUCGUUGGCGACUUAUCCCAAGGGGUCUCCAUUUAGGCCUCGUGUGAGCAAUGUCGGCAACGGCGGAAUGGUGACGGCAAAGGCAAAGCUUGGCCAGACGACUAUGUUUACUCAAUCAUUUGACAAUAUCUCAAGGUCCAGUCGUGACUUGGAAAUACACGCAACCGGAUCUGCGCCAAGCAUGGUUGAAACGCAUGAUUAUCGCGACAUUGCUUUUGGGUGUUUUUUGGAGGACACCCCCAGCACUGUUGCAAACAAAAACGAGUGGGAGAAACAACGGGAGAGAGCUCACCUUAGCAACAUGUCCGCAGAAUCGCCCAUGUCAGCUACGAUGUCUCCUGCGCAGCUUAUGCUAUCCAAUCAAGCGAUCACCAAUGCCGCUUUCCUCUUCUCGCCAAGCUACGCCAAUGGGCCCGCAAUCACCGGUCAACCCGAUGACGACAAGUCCUCGGGGGCGGCAUCGGGAAGGGAGCUCUCCACGCAAGAAGGCGCAAAGUCUAUUUCUUGCUUGGAGUCGCGUCAACGCACCCGUUCGCUGAUGAAGCAGCCAGUUCGAAUUCCAGGGAGCCGAAGCGGUCGUUCUGUUGCAUCGAGCAAAAACAGUGGCAGACCACCACGCAAAAGCAGCAUGAGCGAAAGCUCUCACCAAAAGUCGGUCCGAUUCUCGGAUGCUCAGAGCGUUGCGGCAAGCGAGACGGGGUCCCAAAAGAGCCGUAGAAGUGUGACGUGGGACUUUUCAUUCAACCCCCCUCCUCAGAACGUACCCACAGAUAUUCCGGCAAUUGAAACAAAGGUUUCUGAUUUGUCCGAUACCGUCUUCGGACGAGAAAGCUUUGAUACCAGUAGCAACGAGAAAGUGCGCGAAAGUUCCCUGUCAAACAAACAAUCCAACCUUCGGAAGAUGUCCAUCCAGGAAGAGAUCACUCCAGUACCAUCGUUCGAAACAACAUCAACCAAACCAUCAUUGGCCUCCACUAGCGAGUCUCUUGAAUAUUCAUCCGAGAGCAGACCCUCGAUAUCCACGACUUCGAAGGAUAGCAGCGCGGGCGCCAGUAUUGGAACGCCAGAACAGAACUUGCGAACAUGGACCUACUGCGAGUUUUCGAAAGGAGUUACACCCGUGCUCGACAAGAAGCAGCUGGCUCAGGCGACAAAUUCGCCAGUUCUGCGCUUCAAGGCAGCCAAGAACAGGUUUGUCAACAAACAGGAAAAGGAUGUACCUGUCAAACGCAAGUCCCCGAGAGCCUAUAAGAGAACAGGAGGCACUGCUGGUAGAGUUCAUUUACUUGCCUCCAAAUUCGACGGCGGUCCAGCACUAGAUCCCACAUCUGCGAUUCCAUCGAUUUCUAGGACUGGGUCGGGGGCUAGCAAUGAUCGCCCAAUGCUUCGCACUCCUCAAAUUGUUGGAUACACGACAACGCAUUUGACGCAUUCGAGCAGUUAUUCCAGGGCUUCUUUGGACAGCUACAGCAGCUACAACUACAGCAAGCCAAACGUCGUGCCACCUCUAGCGCACGACCCAAUCCCGGAAGAUCCCGUGGAUGAGAUGCCCUCUGAUGAGGAAUCUGAUGAUGAGUCCUACGUUCAGUCGGUUGCCACUGUCCGACAGGAGGGUAGGGAUGCGAUGCCAGCCAUUAGUGUAACUCUUUCCGAGGACACUGAAGACAGCCGAGGCUCUCAAGGCACGGAAAGAACAGAAGACCUUCUCACCAACCUCCUCGGAAAGGCUUCCGUUGACGACGAGGAUGAGGAGACAGUAGCAACUGUUCCACAACAGAGCAACGCCUACUCGGUCCAGCAGCUUCGAUCCGUGGUUUCGCAUGACGAUGAAGAGAAUUCAACGUUCACAAAUAUCAUGUCCGCCCCUACCUUUUCCGAUGAAUCCACGACAUUGUCAACGAUCCUGGCUCAGCAACCACAAUCCAAUUUGCGCCACCAUGGGGUGCGAACAGUCAAACCAGAAUCACUCUAUUUGUCGCCCCUCCAACGGACCACAAUGGAGCAAUCGAAGUGGCGAGAGGAACCCCUUCGGCCUCUUCCGGCACAGAAAUGGCGUGCCCUCGCAGACAAAGCCAACAAAGAAAACAACAUGAAGAAAGGAGGCCGCAUCUUUCGAAAUAUCUAAAUAUCUAGCUACCGGUACAAAACCCUGCUAGCUCACCAGAGAGAGAGAGAGAGAGAGAGAGAGAGAGAGAGA